AUGGCUGCCCUGGAGGCUGCAGAGAGCCAGGGCGUCCGACUGGUCCCGGCUGGGAACGCUGCUGGCCGCUCCGGAAGGCUGCUGUUCUCGCUAGAUGAUCUGGUUGUAGACACCGACAUCAACGUUAUUGCUGGUGGGCUCUCGGAUCGCAUCAGGCUUCCCUCGCCGCCGAGCUCUCCGUCGUCGUUCGGCGAGCCGCCUACCAUCUCGGUCACCGACGGUGGCGGCAGCGGUGGCACCGAGGUUUGUGAUCUCAUCGUGGACAUGGACGGCGAUCCCGGUGAGCGAUCCGACACGUCGGCACGGUCCGAGCCGCGUUCGCCGCGGAUGCGGACCACAUCGAGCCUCUUCCAGUCGGCCAUGGUCCAGGACCUUAACCCCUUUGCGCACUCGGCCCCAGAGCUCACUGAGAGCCUCGCGAGUUCGCCCAAGGUGUCAGGAGGCGAGGCCGACGCUGUCGCCCUCCUCGAGGCCGCCGUGGGCGCACCGCUGGCCGACGGCAUUCCGCUCUGCGAGCUCCAUCACCCUGAUCGUGGCCGAGUUCUCUUUGCCCUCGCCGACCUCCCGCCCGAGCUCGCGCUCAUGUCGCUCGAUGGUAGCACCCGCCUCGAACGGCUCUCCUCCGACCUCGUCGUGCUCAACGGAAAGCUCUUUGACGUGCCAUCAGCAACAUAA